AUGGAGACUGCGAUAUGUGGGAGAUUAGCUCUCGCACCAAGCUCUCUCUUCAAUUCCAAAUCAGGGGACAAACACUCAGUCUCAAAAGGACCAUGUCUGAAUCGUGGCGUCCUCAUGACCUUCUCUACAUCCGCAUUGGGUAAAGGAGGUGGUGUCUUGGACAAACCAAUCAUAGAGAAAACCACUCCUGGUCGUGAAUCCGAAUUCGAUCUAAGGAAAUCAAAGAAGAUGGCUCCACCAUACAGAGUGAUGCUACACAACGACAACUUCAACAAGAGGGAAUACGUUGUUCAGGUGCUGAUGAAGGUUAUACCGGGAAUGACCGUGGACAACGCUGUUAACAUCAUGCAAGAAGCACACGUCAACGGUUUAGCGGUCGUGAUCGUCUGUGCUCAGGCCGACGCAGAGCAGCACUGUAUGCAGCUUCGUGGCAACGGCCUUCUCAGCUCCGUUGAGCCUGACGGUGGUGGCUGCUGA